CUUAAUUUCUCUCAUUAAUUAAUGUCAGAAAGACUCAAUCAAUCUAAAAUUAUUCUUAAUACAAGCAAUAAGUUUAAUAAUAAAAAUAAUAAUAAUGAUAACUAAAGAAGAUUAUUUUAUAGCCCUUAAAGCAGAAAGUUACCAAAAAUUAAUCUAACAGAUAGCUAAUUAAAUAAAUAAAAUAAAAUGGUUGGAGUUGUUGGAAAAUAAGUUUAUGAUUUUAGUAAUGGCUCAAGGAAAAUUCGCUCUGUUGAGCGUUAGGAGUAGAGUCUUCAAAAGAAGGAGCACAGUGUUUAACAAAUUUAAUAUUUAAAAUAAGAAACUAAAUCAUAUUUCUAAGAUGAUAAUAACUCUAUCGAAGAUUAAGUAAGCAUAAUCUAGUAAUUAUAAAUAUAAGAUUAAAUUACUAAUGAGAACGAUUAGUCAAAUAAAUCUAAUCAUAAAGCUAUUACAAAAAUAUAAGGAUAGGAAUGUUAAUAAUUAACAUCUCUAUUGGACAUUCCAAAUAAAAUAACAAAAAAUCAAGCCAUGUUUUCACCAAAAAGAUUGCCGAAUAAACAUAUUUAAUAUACUCAAAACAAUUUAACUGAGAGAAAGAAUUAAAGCUAAAAGGAGGGAAUACUUUAAACUUAUAGAUAUGAUAAAGAUUUGAUUAAUUUAUAUGAUGAUUUUGCUAACAGCCAUGUCGUAAAGAUCAAAAAUAGACUAUAAAAUGACUUAAAUACAACUAUGAUUAUUAAAUAUAAACAACUAUAAAAAUUGUAUGAUAAUUAGAUGAAGUAUUUUUAAAAACUAAGUUAAAAUGCAAACAAUAAUUCUGAGAGCGAUUAAUUUGAAGACAUUAAUCUAUAGAAAUUAGGAAACUAAGGUUAAUAUGGAGAAUAUCAAGUCAUUUUAGAUCAACUUUAGUUUCUUAAUAUUAAUUAAAAUGAAAACUUAGAGUUAGCCAUUCACGACUUUGAGACUACUGUAUUUAUUUAAUUGUUAGAAUCCCUUGUUGAAGGAUGUAGCCUAGCGAUAAAAGAGUAGCUUCUUUUCUUACAAAACAUCUUCAAUCGCAUUAUUUAUGUGAAUACAAGUUCUAAAAUAGUUAAUUAGUUAUAAAGCACUCUUAAAAAAUAAUAGUGUCUCAAUAAACAAACAACAUAUGCUCAAGGAUUGUUUUUUCUAUUAGAUUACUUAGAAAAAAAAUAAACAAGCAAGGCUGAUUAAGAGCAGGCAAAUGCUGAUGACAAAUUAAAAAUAGAAGAGAAAUUUAAGACAAUGAAGAGAAGAAUUGAAGAAUUAGAAUCAACUGUUUUUGAUUUUGAAUAAAAAGAAAAGUAGAAAGAGGAACAUUUUUAGAAGAAGUAAAUGAUACUUUUGAAUAUGAUUGAGUAAAAAGACAAAUUCUUAGAAAACGAUGUGAAAAAAGAAAUGUAAGUUCUACAAAUGCAAAUUGAUAUAUCAGAAAAUGAACACAAACUAGCAAUAUAACAAUACUAAAAUAUGUUAAAAUAAAAAACAUAAGAAAUAUAAGAAUAAAAAGAUCUAAAUGAUGCUUAAUAAAAGAAAUUCUCUUAGCUAGAAUAAGAAUAUCAUUUAGUGCUUUAAAAUUAGGCUCAAUCAAUUAAAUGGAUGAUAAAAAACUCUGAAAAUGCAGAUAAAUUACAUUAAAAAUUAAAUUAAUACAAAGAUAUGCUAUAGACUAUUACUUAAUAGCAUAAAUAAAAUCUCUAAGAUUUGACUCCAAGACCAUCUUUUAAAAAAAUAGACUCUUUAAUCGAAAGCAACAAAUUUCUAUUAAAUAAUAAUAAACCUAGUAAAAAAUUAUUCGAAAAUAAAAUUCAUGAAAUUAUAAGUUAGGGUAUUUCCAACAACAACAGCAAUAGUAAUAUUUAAUAAGAUUAAUAAUAUUCUGAAAACAAAAUUAAAGAAAAUAAUUAAGUGGAUAAGAUUUCUACUUCAUCUAAGCUUGACGAGAUAAAUGAAUUUAUUUCUUAGAUUUUAUAAAAGCUAAAGAAAUAAAAACAACCAGAUGUUUAUCAAAAUAGGAAUCCUCGUCCUUCUAAAUUAUAAAAAUGA